AUGGGGGAGCUGGUGUGUCAGUCUGGUCAUGGUGGUCCAUCUCAUCAGGCUCUUCAGGUAGUUUUCGAUCUGAAGCCUUUCAGACCGGCAGUUAAUCUCAGUAAUCCAACCAUCACCAAUAUCUCCUUCACGCUGUACGCCGUCCUUGGUGUGAACGAGAAGACGCAGAUACUGACCACCUUCCUGUGGCUGAGGCUGUUUUGGCAUCAUGACUUUCUGGUCUGGAACCCGGAGGAGUGUGACGGCGUCACCAGACUUUCCCUCCCCGUGAAGGAGCUCUGGUCUCCAGACAUCAUCAUCUAUGAGUUCGUGGACGAUGACGUGUCACAGGCGUGUCCGUACGUGUACGUGAACCACACCGGUCACAUCCGCUGGGACAGGAUGUUACGUCUGGUGUCGUCCUGCAACCUGCAGAUCUACAGCUUCCCCUUCGACCUCCAGAACUGCUCCUUCACCUUCGGCUCCUACAUGCACACCAUCAGGGACGUGAGGGUGAGUCCGGCCCUGACCUUUGAGGAGAUGUCUGGGAACUCAAAGCGCUACCUGGAGGCCAGCGGGGAAUGGGAGCUGGUGGUCAUACUGGGAGAAACCUCCAUUCUCCAGUUUGGCAUCGAUGAGUGGGACAUCAUCACCUUUUGGGUGGUGAUCAAACGGCGUCCGGUGCUGUACGUGGUGAACUUGCUCAUUCCCAGCUCCUUCCUGAUGCUCAUAGACAUCCUGUCGUUCUAUCUGCCGCCCCACAGUGUCGACCGUGCCUCCUUCAAGAUGACGCUGAUCCUGGGCUACACCGUCUUCCUGCUCAUCAUGAACGACCUGCUGCCCAGCACCGCCAAUGGCACUCCCAUCAUAGGUAUCUACUUCUCAGUGUGUCUUGCCCUCAUGGUCAUCAGCCUGCUGGAGACCGUCAUCAUCACCAACGUUCUUCACCAUAACUCCAUGAAGCACCGCAUGGUCCCUGACUGGGUGAGAGUAGUCGUCCUUAAAUACAUCGCUAACCUCAUUUGUUAUCGCUGGCCGGAGGAAGUCCCGCCCCCUCCCGUACCUCAAGAGCCGAACGCCGAGAGGUCGGAUGGCAGUUCAGGCCCCUGGAUUAUCCAGCCAGUUGCUCAGAUGCCUACUCAGCAUCCAGUCAGCAACAGAGGAGCAGUGGGCAGCUGCGGUCUGGAUGCUGUGGCGGCGGGGGCGGAGCUGAGGCAGAUCUGUCAGGACGUGGGCGAGCUGCGUACACACCUGAACGCCAUGCAGAGAGAGAGCGAGCUGCAGGAUGAGUGGUGUCACGUGGGCUACGUGCUCGAUUUCCUGCUGUUCCGCAUCUACCUGCUGCUCAUUUCCUGUUAUGCUCUGGUCAUCAUCUGCAUGUGGUGCAUCUGGAUCGGCCAGAAAAGCAGCCCACAACAAACGCUGAGCUGCGGUCCGUCCUGGCUCCAUUCUGAUUUUAGCAUCAGCGGCUUCAACAGUUUAGACUUUUGUUCUCCAAAUGACUUCAACAACCUCAAGGUGACACCGGGUUCUGUCAUCAUCUGGUCUCACUGCAUCGUUCUGGUCAACGCGAUCUUCUAG